UUAGGAUCACACAUAUCCCACACACAUUAAAUCACAUUCAAUAUAAUAAUCACACUCACUAGUGGCCUCUCCUGAUUCCUCAAUCUCAAUGACGUUAAUUAAUUUAUCCCCUCUAUUUAUAACACAUCAAUAAACCCCGCGAAUCUCCACCCAGAUUUAAAGUCACACUCACAUAGACUGAACCUCAUACACCCAGCACAAACCAUGAGUUUACAGUACAGUUAUUGUUAUUGUUAUAUCGUUGUUGUUUUCUUGCUGCUCCUGCAGAAGCGUGCGAUGACGGGCCCAGCGCACCGCGAGCUGUUAGCCUCGGUGCUGCGCAGCCACAUCGUGAUGUGUCACACGCUGCUGCCCGCCGACCUCGCCCGACCCCGAAACCUCACCUCACUGUCGGGCACCGUGAUGACCACCCGCAGCCAGGAGGGCAGCAUCUUCAUCAACGAUGCUAACGUGACGUACAGUAACGGCGUCAGCGUGAACGGGGUCUUCCACGAGAUCAGCAAGUUCCUGGUGUCUCCCUUCCCGGUCGAUAAUCUUCCCGCCACUCUGCUGAACCUGACGGACGUAGCCGAGCGUCAUGGGUAUAAAACCUUCUUCAAACUGCUGCAGGACUCCGGGCUGAUGGACCUGCUUCAGGAUCACAUCUUUCAGCCGGUGACGCUCUUCAUGCCUUCAGACAAAGUCAUGGCCGCCCUGCCGAAGGAGCAGAGGGACUUCCUGUUUCACCCAGACAACCGGGCCAAGCUGACCGAGUACCUGAAGUACCACAUCCUGCAGGGCCGGAAG